UAGGUGUUUGGAUCACACAUCGUAGAAUCGUCAGUUUAAGUUUUCGUUGUAACAAGGCACUCGUACAAAAAAUUCGUCUAAAUUUGUAAGAUAAACUUUUUAACGAUCGGACAAAAACACGCACUGCAUUGAUAAUGCACAAGGCUGCGGAGGACGUGCAGCCUGAUGACUUUGACCUGGUCGCAGAAGCCUUUGAGGCCUUCGAAGCGAACAACUUGAACAUUGAGGAGUUGGACUAUGAAGACACUGAAUAUACCGAUUCGGAAAGUGAGGAUAAUGGCGAGGGAGUUUUCAUCGAUUUGCGUGUUGGAGAGGACGUAAGGCUGGAGGCAGAGCCACUGUCCAACGAUGUGGAGGAACCAAUUGCCGCAGAGGGAGAGAUCGGAAUGGCGCUGCCCGCUCCUCAGCCGCAGCCCGCUUCUCAGCCACAGCCCGGGGUACCCGUAUCAGUACUGGAAGCAAUAGCAACAGCUGAGGUCGAAGGUGGAGAGGUGGAGGUGCCUGACUUUUAUGGACCUGUAUUGGUUCUCGAGGUUGAGGAUCCAUCGACAAACGUAACCAGACGGAUCCCGGUAACAAUGUCCCAUUUUAUGAUCGAUCCGACAACCGGUCUUAUGCUAGAGCCGAUGGCCGAGGCAGUGGCCGCUCUAUUAGUAGAAUUUGAUCCGCAGCAGGAGGAAGCCGGGGAAGUGGCAGAGCCAGUGGUAGCAGGUCCGAUGCCGGAGGAAGCUGGAGAAGUGGCAGAGCCAGUGGUAGCAGGUCUGAAGCCGGAGGAAGCCGAGACAGUGGCCGAGCCAGUAGUAGCAGUAGCUCCGAAGCAGAAGGAAGCCGGGGCAGUGGCAGAGCCAGCUACUCCGAUGGGCACUCCGCCGACAGCUCCACUUGCAGAUCUAGAUGCAGAGUCAAAGGUAACCGGUGAUACUCCGAAGGCCACUCCGAUAGCAGAACCAGGGACUGAACCAAUGGAGGCGCUUGGACAGGAGGCUUCAACUAAUGCUGACGGCGAGCCAAAUGAACUAAAUGGCGGUACCAACGUAAUCGUAGUCGAUGAUAUGGGCGAUAUGGUUCGCGCCCUCGAAGACAUCCUCGAAUAUAUGUACCGUCUGAACUAG